CGUCGACAUCACAGCCAGGAAGCAGAGCCAUGGAGGCGACGGGGGUGAGCUUGGGCAAGGCCGCGCUCGGUGGCGCACUGGGCUAUGCCACAUCCAAAGCAGCGGAGGAAAUCGCCCUGCAGCUCGGUGUUGAGCGUGAUGUGAAUUUCAUCAAGGACGAGCUGCAGAUGAUGCAGUCCUUCUUGAUGAUGGCUGAUGAGGAGCAAAGUCAGAACAAGGUGCUCAUCACCUGGGUGAAACAGAUCGGUGGACUGGCCUACAAAGUGGAGGACAGCCUCAUGGAUUUUGGCCUCUAUUCGGAAAGAAAACCAUUUUUUGGGUGCAUCCCCCGCAACCCAGGUGAUCGACGCCGCAUCGCCAAGGAAGUGAAGGAGCUGAGAGCCGAGGUGGAGGACGUGAGCAACAGGAACCUGCGCUAUCGCCUCAUCAAGGAUAGCUCAGGCUGCAAGCCUACCACUGCAGAGGACCAGGCCAGCUUUGCUACUGCGGCAAUGUUUGGCAUCAACGAAGCAACACUUGCUACCCUUGAGCACGAAAAGUCAUCAGAGGCGGAUCUCCACCAGCUGGUUACCAACAACGAUGUGGACCUUAAGGUGAUUGCCGUAUGGGGAAGCAGCGGUGAUCUCGGGAAGACGUCUGCCAUCCAGGACAUUUAUGAUGACCCGAAGGUAUUGAAAAGGUUUGGAUUUCGUGCCUGGAUUAGGUUGAUGCAUCCUUUCAACCCACAAGAGUUCCUCCGAAGCUUGGUAACGCAAUUUUACGAGAAUUUCUAUGAUGAGGUUGGAAAGUCAGAACAAGUAACUAGUGUUGGGGCCAACGUUCUGGCCAAGAUGGAGAAGAUGGAUAAAAGUGAUUUAGUCCGUGUGUUUAAUGUGCAGUUGUGUAGCAAUAGCUACCUGGUUGUCAUAAAUGACCUGUCCACAAUAGAAGAGUGGCACUGCAUUAAGAAGUAUUUUCCUGACAACAAGAAACAAAGUAGAAUCGUUGUUUCCACACAGCAAGUUGAACUUGCAAGCUUGUGCACAGAGAAACCGUACCAAGUUUCAGAGUUCAAGCAGUUGUCAUGUGAUCAAACUAUUUAUUUGUUCCACAAGAAGAAUUUAGAGGAGCCGGUCAGCAUGGGCAGUGUUUGUUCGGAAAUGUUUAACACUCAUGAAGCAAGGCUGGCUGAUAUGGAGAAUGAGAAACUUAAGGGUAUGCAUGCACCAUGUUCUACCGAGCCAGCUUCUGACCUAAACAAAGUUACUACUACGUACCAAGAUAAACACAGCAAGCCCACCGAUGACAUACAGGAGGAAAGCCAAGAUCCUCACAAUGCAGGCGAAGAGAACAUUUGCAAUUCAACUGCUAUAAAGAAGUUUGAUCGCAGCAAGACACUGGCUGAUGAAGUGCUCUAUGGGCGAGAAACAGAAAAAUCUGAUGUUAUAAAAUUAAUUCGCCAACCAUACACCCAUCAAGAAUGUAAGGUGAUCUCAGUUUGGGGAAUGGGUGGUCUUGGAAAAACCACUCUUGUCCGAAGCAUCUACAAAAGCCAAGAGCUUGGUGGCUGGAAGCGUGCUUGGGCCACUGCAUUGCGUCCUUUUAAUCCAGAAGUACUCCUUAGAGAUGUGACUUUGCAGCUUCAGAGUACUAUUCAAGAAGGUCCUGCUGGAUCACCAACAACUGGAGCGCAAAAGAAAACCAUAUCAGUGAUGAAGCUUCAGGAGUUGAAAGACGAGCUAGCUCGGGUACUAAAAAUGAGAAGCUGUUUUGUUGUUCUUGAUGAUAUAUCGUCCACUUCUGAAUGGGAUUUGGUCAAGUCAUUUUUGGAUAAUGCUGGAAGGAUCAUAGUCACCACAAGACAAAAAAACAUUGCCAAACAUUGUUCAAAAGAGUACAAGAACAUGUACUGUCUUAAAGGUCUGAAACAUGCUGCUGCACUUGACCUCUUCAUAAAGAAGGUAUUCAGGGGCAAUAUUGCAAAAAAUGAUUUAGGCCCAGCUAUGAUGGAGCAAGCAAGACUUACCCUGCAGAAAUGUGAUGGACUUCCCCUGGCAAUAUCGACUAUUGGUGGAUUCCUUGCCACUAAGCCAAAAACUGCCAUUGAAUGGAGAAAGAUGAAUGACUGUAUUAGCACUGAAUUGGAGAUAAAUCCUGAACUUAGGACAAUAAAGACAAUUCUUAUGAGGAGCUACGAUGGUUUGCCAUACCAUCUCAAGUGUGUUUUCUUAUACCUGUCCAUAUUUCCAGAAGACCACAGAAUAAGGUGGGGUCGCUUGGUGAGGCGGUGGAUUGCAGAGGGUUACUCGAGGGAUUUGCAUGGCAUUACUGCAGUUGAACUUUGUCGGAGGUACUUUGAUGAGCUCAUGGAUAGGAGUAUGAUCCUGCCAGGGGAAGGGAUAGACCCCUACAGUCAGAAAAUCUAUUAUUGCCAACUUCACGAUAUGAUCCGUGAAAUAUGCAUCUCAAAGGCCAGGGAGGAAAACCUUGUUUUCACUUUGGAGGAAGGAUGUUGUGUGAGCGACACACAAGGUGCAUUACGUCAUCUUGUGAUAGGCAGCAAUUGGAAAAGGGAUAAAGAUAUGCUGGAGAGCAUGCUGGACAUAUCACACGUACGGUCAUUGACCGUGUUCGGAGAGUGGAGAUCGUUUUUCAUCUCUGACAAUAUGAGGUUCCUCCGGGUGCUUGACUUGGAAGACACAUUGGAGUUAAGGGAUCAUCAUCUUGAUCAAGUCGGGCAGCUCCGUCACCUCAAAUACCUUUCUUUACGAGGAUGUGCCACUAUUUAUUGCCUGCCUAUUUCUUUGCGGAAUUUGAGGCACCUUGAAACGCUGGAUGUUAGAGGUACUUCUAUAUAUGAGUUACCAACAACAAUCACCAAUUUUCGGAAGCUACAAUACCUUGUCGCAAAUCGUGUUUUCUUCAGAGCACAAGUUGUAGAUGAUCAUUUGAGCAGGCAUGAUAUGUUCAAUCUAUGCCGUUUCUCUAAGGAGCGUCCAGAAAAUGUUGUACUUCCUAGAGGGAUUGGUAAACUGAAGGGCCUUCAUACACUAGGUGUUAUCAUUGUUUCUGGUAGCAAUGGAAAUGCCAUUCUAAAAGAGCUGGGUGAGCUUAGUCAGCUGCAUAAGCUGAAAGUGGAUGGUAUCAGCAGCAGAAAUAACAAAGAGCUAUGGUCUGCCAUUGCAGGUCAUAACCAACUUCAAUCUUUGUCAGUUGAAGCUGAGGACGCUUUUGAAGAGGGGCGUAAUUUAGAUGGUUGUUUGGGUGAGGGUCUGUUGCCACCAAGCAGUAUUGAGAGCCUCACUCUGUGGGGUAAGCUGGUCAAUGCAACAGAAUGGAUUCAUAAGCUUCAGAAUCUCUCCAAGUUGGUGCUAACGUAUAGCAGUUUGGAGCAAGAUGAUGAUGCCAUACAAGCCCUUGGAUUUCUACCAAAUCUUGCAGUUUUACGCCUGAAGUAUAUGUCGUUCAUGGGGACGCAGCUACAUUUCCAGCAGAGCUCAUCUUUCCCAAGUCUCAUGGUGCUGCAGCUCUACGGAUUAGGGAAACUCCAGUCGGCGCUAUUUGAAAAAGGCACAAUGCCUAUGCUCGAGCUGCUACACCUUGUCGGGUGCGAAGCGCUGAAUGCAAUCUCUGGGCUAACAGCCCUAAAAAGCCUCAAGGAAAUUCAGUUGCGUAGUAAUCAGCUUGAUGAAAAUCUGAGGGAGGAGGUGGAGAGGCAGGUAACGGAGCAUCAGAAGCACGUCAGAGUGAAUAUUAUUUGAGACUGAACUCUCGGUAGGUAGACACGUUAGGCCUCAUUUGGUUACUAGGUAAUUUAUCCACUAGUGAAACAGAUCCACACGUGGAAUUGGUUGAAACCAUCAUGUCACCAAUCCCCCUCGUUACUCUGGUGGAUUCGUUCCACGUAUGAAGGGCGAUU